CAGCGGAGGCUGCAGCCUCGCUCUGGUCCCUGCGGCUGGCUGCCGAGCCGUGUGUCUCCUCCUCCGCCGCCGCCAUAUUGUCUGUGUGAGGAGAGGGGAGAGCGGCUAUUCCCGCUGCCGCUUCCAUCACAGGAAUCAAGACGACUACCAACUGGUUAGAAAACUAGGCAGGGGUAAAUACAGUGAAGUAUUUGAAGCCAUCAACAUCACAAAUAAUGAAAAGGUUGUUGUUAAAAUUCUCAAGCCAGUAAAAAAGAAGAAAAUUAAGCGUGAAAUAAAGAUUUUGGAGAAUUUAAGAGGAGGCCCCAACAUCAUCACAUUGGCAGACAUUGUAAAAGACCCUGUGUCACGAACCCCCGCCUUGGUUUUUGAACAUGUAAACAACACAGACUUCAAGCAAUUGUACCAGACGUUAACAGACUAUGAUAUUCGAUUUUACAUGUAUGAAAUUCUGAAGGCCCUGGAUUAUUGUCACAGCAUGGGAAUUAUGCACAGAGAUGUGAAGCCCCAUAAUGUCAUGAUUGAUCAUGAGCAUAGAAAGCUACGGCUAAUAGACUGGGGUCUGGCUGAGUUUUAUCAUCCUGGUCAAGAAUAUAAUGUCCGAGUUGCUUCCCGAUACUUCAAAGGCCCUGAGCUACUUGUAGACUAUCAGAUGUAUGAUUAUAGUUUGGAUAUGUGGAGUUUGGGUUGUAUGCUGGCAAGUAUGAUCUUCCGGAAGGAGCCAUUUUUCCACGGACAUGACAAUUAUGAUCAGUUGGUGAGGAUAGCCAAGGUUCUGGGGACAGAAGAUUUAUAUGAUUAUAUUGACAAAUACAACAUUGAAUUAGAUCCCCGUUUCAAUGAUAUCUUGGGCAGACACUCUCGUAAACGAUGGGAGCGCUUUGUCCACAGUGAAAACCAGCACCUUGUCAGCCCAGAAGCCUUGGAUUUCCUGGAUAAGCUGCUGCGAUAUGAUCACCAGUCACGGCUCACUGCAAGAGAAGCCAUGGAACAUCCCUAUUUCUAUACUGUUGUGAAAGACCAGGCUCGAAUGGGUUCAUCUAGCAUGCCAGGGGGCAGUACACCUGUCAGCAGCGCUAACAUGAUGUCAGGGAUUUCUUCAGUGCCAACCCCUUCACCCCUCGGACCUCUGGCAGGCUCACCGGUGAUUGCUUCUGCCAACCCUCUUGGGAUGCCUGUUCCAACUGCCGCUGGCGCUCAGCAGUAAUGACCCCACCUUUCUCCUGAUGCCUGAGCAGAGAUUUCAUCCUACACACUACAACCAGAAAAAUGUUUCAGAUAUACGGGUCAUCUCAUCUCUUGUUGAAAGGCCUUUCGAAGACUCCCAAUUGCAGACAGUAUCAGUUGUCUCCCAACAGCCAUUCCUUCUCUUUUCUGACAAAAUCCAUUUGGGGAGCAGGAAGGAUGUCAGCCCUGCUCCUGUGGGACUCAGGUAGUUGUGACUGUUUGAGAGACGGCACGUGAGUCAAAGACAGCACAUGUUGCAGCUAUCUGAUAAGAAAUUUGAAAUUACUGUAACAAAUACAGUACACGACCUAACAAAAAGUAAACUACAUGCAAGACCAAAAAUGUCAUAGGUCUGGGUGGGGUAACAGCCCUGCAUUCAGUUUCAGCACCAAGGGAUAAAAUACCAACAGAGAUGGGAACUGAGAAUCAGCGGAAGUACUCAAAAUGAGACACACUGACGGGGAAGAUAUGUGGGCUCAACAAUAGACCUGACAAAAUCAGAAAGUGACAUUGAAGAUGGGUCCAUGGAGACUGCAAGAGGGUGAAAGGGGAGAGAGCAUCCAAGAGUUGGACAGCAUUGAAAGUUCUACACAUGUAGUUAAAUUUCCAGAAAGAAGGGGAAAAGAAGUGAAAAACAGUUGGGAAUUUUCCUUAAGGACAAUAAAAUUCAUAUCUAAGCAGGCCAAAUUUAUGCAUAAGCAACUAGGCAUAUCAUUAAGAAUGGUAAGACAGAAAACCUUAGCUAGGGGUGGGCAAAGAGUUUUGGAACCCUAUAAUCAAUGAAAAUACCUUUGACAAUGAGGGAGAAAUAAAGCCUUUCUCGAAAAAAAGCCCAGGAACUUCAUACUCUACAAAAAAUACUAAAGGAAAUUCUUUAGACAGGUAACUGGCCACACAGCAACUUGGCACUACAAAACUUUUUAUCUUGAGACAGUGUAUGUACCCCAGACUGACCUCAAACUUGAGAUCCUCCUUCCUCAGCUUCCUGAGUGCUCAGUUUACAGGUCUGCAUGACUAUGCCUCUCUAUGAAUCAAAACUAAGCACUUUAUAAAUGGAAUGAAUGAAAGUAAUUUUAAACAAUCUUUUUAACUGAAUUAUCUUAGAAACAGUUGAAGUCUAUCUUCUCUCUUUUGUGUGGUAUUGGGGAUUAAACCCACUGACAUCACCAGCCCUUGACACUUAUUUUUGUUUGUUUGUUUAUUUGUUUUGUUUUUUGG